AUUGACCACAUUCGAAGUCGUUGGUCUUGCAGUGUUGUUUCCGCGUGCUUUGGAACCACAUUUAGUUUAUUAAUGCCCCUGUGUUCAAAGCCUGAAACCAGCGAGCGAGCAUGUUCACAGAUCCGUUCUGCCUUCAGUGAAGACAUAAGGGCUCAGGAUCUUUUAAAAGCUGUUUAAGGACCUCCCAAACUCUGUCGAUUCUGGGGUUUUGUUAAGAUGGCUGGAUUGAUGAACCGUUCCCGUACCAUGGCCGAAGGAGUGGUAGUUAUGGUGUGCCCGGCGCUUCUGGCAUUGGUUCUCGACAAGGUCGACCACAAAGUAUAUGGACACCGUGCUCUCAUGGCUAUGCUCACCAUGGCAGGUGUGACUUUGAUAAGCGGUAUCUGUCCGGUGCUCCUUUUCUACUUCUCCCAGAGAUUCCCGGCUGUAGGUUACGUCAAGCCGGCGGUGACCGCGGGUCUGGCAACCCUCUCCUAUUCUUGCCUCCUCAUCCUCGCCUGCUUCAUCCCGCAGCCCAAUAUUGUCCCCAACAACAUUCGUAUCCCGGUGGGCGCCUUGUGUGGAGGCUUCGUCCUGGUUCGAACGGUCUGCUACUACUUUGGAAAGAAUGUUGGAACGUACGGACAGAACCUGCACGACAUACUCGAUGAAUCACACGAGUUCUUGACGGGCGUCACUGGAAUUCUCUUUCUGGGGCUAGAAGGUUUGGCUCUGGAAAGCAAUGGCAAUCAGAUGUUUCCAAAGGGCGGCAUGACCCUGGGCACGAUCAGCUUCAUAUUUUGCGCUCUUGGUGUGUGCCUCAUGUACUUAGAGAUGACCCCCCCUCUAUACUUCAACGUAAGGACAUGGACUGUGGGGUUUACUCUGGGGCUAGACAUCCUCAUGGCUGCUGGUACCUUCGUGCUAUUGAUUGUCACCAUGGUUAAGCUCAUGGGAGUUCCAGCCCUGGUGCUCUUAACGCCCCCGGUCGGAAUCAUCGGGGAACUUGUAUACCGAGUAGCCACCAAUAAAACAGUAACUACACCGGACACUGAUUCAAAAGUACCUGCUUCGCUGGAACUAACAAGAGUCGCCUUCACUGGAUUCUUGGCAGUGUCAAUAACAGCUAUCAGCAACACUUCGCCCAGCAGGUUGACCGUCUGUUUCCUACUGUUUGUGGCAGCAGCUAUUGUGUCUGGUAUCUUAUGGAGGCUCCUCACACAGUCCCAGAUAAGGAGCGGUCUGCCCUAUGCUGCUUCACCUGCUCAAAUUGCUUCACCUGCUCAACAAGCUGCUUUACGUGCUCAACUAGUUGCUUCCUCCGCCAACCUUGCUUCCUUCUGCACACAUUUCUGCAUUGUUAUCGCUACGAUUCUAUUCCUAGCGAUGGCCGGGGCGGCAAGAGGAAAGUGAUGCAAAGUAGUGACAGUGACAUAAUCAUCUAAGCAUCUUUUAAGUUAUACCUGCGCUCAUAUGUUAUAACAGGUUUUGUACUACAUCUGUAAUUGAUUUCAUUCUUCCAUUAUACACUUGUAAAUUUAACUCUGCUAUUCUCUUGAACAAUAAUUGGAUAUUAUUGACUGGUUUUCCAAUC